GGGGCGGGGUGUUAGCGCGCUCGCUAAGGUGGUGGGCGGGGAGGGAAGGAGGAAGGGGGAGGGCGCGAGGCCGCAGCGGAGGAGGAACUGUUGCGCCCGCGGCUGCGCGGUGCCGCUCCCUCCGCUCCAGUUCGCCCGAGCGGGCGCGGCGGCGACGGUGGAGGUGGCGGCGCGGGCCCGACGGGAUGCGGCGCUACCUGCGCCUCGUGGUACUGUGCCUGGCCUGCGGCUUCUGCUCGCUCCUCUACGCCUUCAGCCAGCUCGCCGUGUCCCUGGAGGAAGGUGCGGGCGGCGGUGGCGGGAAGCCGCAGGCCGCAGCGGCUUCCUGGCUCGGAGGCGGCGGGCGCGGCGCCGCAAGAGGGGCGGGCAGCGCGGGCCAGGCGGCGCAUCCCGGCCGGUCGGACAGGUGUAAAGAUUUCUCUCUGUGUUACUGGAAUCCCUAUUGGAUGCUGCCCUCUGAUGUUUGUGGAAUGAACUGCUUUUGGGAAGCGGCUUUUAGGUAUAGUCUGAAACCGCAGCCCGUUGAGAGAGUGCACCUCGCUGUGGUUGCCUGCGGGGAAAGACUGGAAGAAACUGUGACCAUGUUGAAGUCGGCGCUCAUCUUCAGCAUCAAACCGCUCCAGUUUCAUAUUUUUGCUGAAGAUCAACUGCAUGAUAGUUUCAAAGUCAUACUUGACAGCUGGUCAUUUCUACAAACGUUUAAUUAUUCAUUAUACCCAAUAACUUUUCCAAGUGAGAAUGCAGCAGAAUGGAAAAAGCUCUUUAAACCAUGUGCUUCCCAGAGAUUGUUCUUGCCAUUAAUCCUGAAAGAAGUUGACUCCCUGUUGUACGUGGACACUGACAUCCUUUUUUUGCGGCCUGUUGAUGACAUUUGGUCUUUACUGAAGCAGUUUAAUUCCACACAAAUAGCUGCAAUGGCGCCAGAACACGAAGAGCCUCGGAUAGGCUGGUAUAACCGCUUUGCCAGGCAUCCGUACUACGGAAGAACUGGGGUGAACUCUGGAGUGAUGUUGAUGAACAUGACCCGAAUGAGAAGGAAGUAUUUCAAGAAUGAUAUGACAACUGUGCGACUACGAUGGGGAGAUAUACUGAUGCCAUUGCUUAAAAAGUACAAGCUAAACAUCACAUGGGGUGAUCAAGAUCUGUUGAAUAUCAUAUUUUUUCAUAAUCCAGAGAGCCUUUUUGUUUUUCCAUGCCAAUGGAAUUAUCGACCGGAUCAUUGCAUAUAUGGAAGCAAUUGCCAAGAAGCUGAAGAAGAAGGAAUCUUUAUUCUUCAUGGGAACAGAGGUGUUUACCACGAUGAUAAGCAACCAGCGUUUAGAGCUAUUUAUGAAGCACUGAGAAAUUGUUCUUUUGAAGAUGACAACAUCCAUUCCUUAUUAAAGCCUUUAGAACUGGAACUACAAAAGACAGUGCAUACAUACUGUGGAAAAAUUUACAAAAUAUUUAUCAAACAGCUGACAAAAAGCAUACAAGACCGUUAUGAUAGACCACCAAAGGAAAGGUGAUUCGUGGUGACCGCUAAAUGAAAUGAUUUAAAACAGCGAAAUUUCAGAGCAUAUGUUUGAAGGAAUAGUCUUGGAUGAAGUGUUUAGGAAAGAAUUAUUCAUCUUCAGAAUAAUUUUUUUUUCCUGAAGAAGUUAAAUGAGCAAUAUAUUCACGUAAUGAAGAAUAAGUUAAUAUCUUAGACCCCAAAAAGAAGUUACUUUUGGUCUCUGAUGUUUUGUAAUGUUUCUUUGUUAUCAUUCCAGUAUUGAUGAAGAUAUUAUUGAAUGGUUUUAGCCUGCAGACAUGGGUUGACUCUUAUUCUCAAGUGAGUAAGAACAGUAGGGGUGUAUGGACAGAGAAAAUGUACCUCAUACACAGUGGAAACACUCAAACUGUGAGCAUAGCAAUAAUUUUAUGUCAGCACUAACCUCACUUUAAAUGUGCAAGAAAAAAACUUGUUUACAGGAGAAGAAAAGGUUUUGUUUCUGAAGAAAUGUGAUGUAACCAUUGACAAUCUAUGUGUGCCUUCAUAAGUUUCAUCUCUGUUUAAAAUAUUUUUGUGACAAUCAUGUUUAGAUUAUAAGUAAGCUGCACAUUUAAAAUUGAGCUCUAUAAGAAAGAGGGAAAACAGUGAAGAAUUGGGAGUUUUAGCCUCCGUGCGUAUUUGUAUAUGCUAAACGGUCUUGCCAAAAGUCAGAUCUAAGGUGAUUAAGCCGACAUUUUAGGAAAUUUCUUUUAUCACUUUAAAUGAAAACUUUCAGCUUUACUGGGCAUUCUGGAAACAAUAAAUAUGCUGAUAAUAAAUUGAGAACCUAAAUAGUACACUUAUAUGACGGUGGAAAAUGUGAUGGACCAAAAUGCAUAAGCUGUGUUCUUCCCAUGAGCAGUAAUUGUAGUUAGAAGUGGAGCAGAAAAAAAGUGAUCCAUUUAAACCUUUCUCCUUCUACCUCACAAUGGCUCUGCAAGAUAUUUUUGAAGAAGCAAAUAUAUGUAUAGAGCCUUAUUUUAAGUAAGUUAGACAACUUUCGUAGAAGAUUUGGCUUAAGAAGAUCGUCACAUCUGACUAUAGAAAAAGCUAGUUUGGACUUGGUUAAUGUGCAUAUCUUCCUUUUUUGAAUAUCACUUAAGACAGUUUUUUUUGGUUUGUUUUUUGUUUUUUUAAAUCUUGACAAUAAGAAAAUAUUACUUGUCUUAGUGUUUUUGGCCUCUCUCCGAUAUAACCAUAGAUUCUGAGUACUUAGCAUGUACUGUGCCAGGGCGCAUGCCUUGUUUCACUAAGUACUAUAUGGUUAACUUCUUUUCCUCCUUCUCGCAUAUUAAUACUUAACUAGAGAAGAGCAGAUCAUGAAGGAAAACCAUCACCUGUGUGACGGUAGUGGUGAUUGGCUUUAUGAAGCCACAGUGUCGUCUGUGGAGAUGUGGCAUAGAGCUGCCCCUCGUCUGUUGCAGUUGUCAGGGAGAGAUUGAGAGCAGAAGCUGUUAGAAAGGUAGAUUAGAAGUUGAUAACCAGCCCAGCACUCUUGGAACAGAUGCAUUUAGAGAACACUGUCUGUGUGUCCUUGGCAGAAGGCCUUAGUGACUAGAAGAACUUGUGAGCUUGUUGAAAUUGAGUUUGCUGAGUAAGAAAUGAGAUCCCCAGAAUUCUGAAGUUGGGAGGGUGUGAGGUCUUGUCUUACGGUCCCCGCAUGGGACCACCGUCUGCCUGGCUCCCUUAGACUUCUGCAGGGGCCUUGACAAGAACCGGGCUUCGCCUUUGGUGCCUCUGCUGCACCAUAUCUAGGGUGGGUCUGCAGACAUUUUUUAAAAUGAACAGAUUGAGAGAUUCCAUACGAGUAGAGCGAGCGGUACAGUGGUACUCGCUGUCCAGAUCAGACACAUCAAUAGCUUUACCACAUUUGUGUCAUCGUUCCCUUUUUCCUUUGUGGAAAUACUUUAAAGAAGACCCCAGGCAGCAUGUUAUUUCAUGUCUGUGAACCCUCUAGUGAUGACGGCACCAUCAUCCCUCCUUUGGCUUCAAGUAAGACCCAGUCCUCAGGCAAAUUUCCCUUAUUGUCUUACAAUGAAAGAGUCAGAGUGCAAAAUACCCACAAGGUGACUCUUUUAAACAAGCACCUCAUUUGAGGUGUCAGGUAAUUUGGGAACCACUGGAAAUCAUUUUGUCCACUUGAGAAGUUAAGGGCCACAGUUCUCAGCACAGUUGGUGGGUUAUAAAUGUGAUUCUGAAACUUUAGAUGAAGUACUUGGGGUUAUUGACAAAAUGUAAGUUUGUGUUAUUAGUAAAUUCCUUAGAUUUGAUUUCCUUCGUGAUCAGACACUCUUAGCCCCAUAGUCUUUAGGAGGAGUCCCUGGGACUAGGUAGCGGAGGAUCAUAGUUUGAUGUAACCGGACUGUGCGCUGCGGUCUUCCAUGUGUUGUGCCUUAUUUACACUGUCACACACUCGACAUUGUGCAUCAGUGGGAAGGGUCUUCAUCUGGUUUAUGAAGACCUGCCCUUGUUGAGCAUUUUACCAUAUAUUGGGUAAUGGUGAAAACUUUCCCUUUAGGGACUAUUUUUACCUAAGAUUUAGGGUGUCACAGAAAGUCCCUAACAAUAUUAAAAUGAGUUUUCUGAAUUUAACUUUAGAUGUAGGGUAACUCUUUCCUUGAAGAGUUUUAAGAAAUGUGGUUCUCAGCAUUAUUGAGGUUAAUUCUAGAAGAGCUUAGAGAACAUUUUAUAUUUCUUUUCAUAAAAUGGUAUCUAUGCAGUUUAUAUGAAUUACAUUAUAUAUUCUUUGCGUCUAUGUGUUAGAACAAUUCUGACCUCAGAACUAUCUCUGGGCUACAGUGUUACCAAAGUGGAAUGACUUUAUAAUGUAGCCAGCCUUCAUUUGUAUGAAGUAGCCAUCUUUGAGAAACUUGGAAAACCUCUAAAAAAUAUAUAUUGUGAUUUACAUUUAAAAAAAUACAUAGUUGUUUUUUUUUUUUCUUUAUCCUAUGAAAAGUAGUUUAUAAUGGGUAAAGUGUCUCUGGACCCUUGAGAACCUGAAACAAUAUUCCUGCUUACUCGCGGCUCUUUCAUCUUGCCUCCAGUAAGAUACUAUUGGUGUAAUGGAAAGAAAACCAGACUGUGGACUAGAUCUGGAUUCUCUUCUUGGUUAGAGACCUGAGGCAUAUCAUUUAACCCUGUCUCUAUCCUAAGUUUGCAAACAAUCAAUGUGCCCUUCUAACCUCAUGAGACUCAGAAGGCAUGAAUCCUACGUUUAUGAGACCCAGAAGAGGGGAUGGAUUGGAAAGCGUGCUGCCCGGCUGAUAUCAUGCCCCACCAGGGUUACUGUUCCAAGUUCUGUUUUGCUCUAUUGUCUCCUGUACACAUCAUUCUGUUUGAGGCUGAAUGUGUCCUGACAUGUGUUAUAUCUCCAGUAUGAAUUUGUAAGGAAGAAUUUUUAAGGAAGAGAAAGCAGAGAAGAAAAGAAUGGUGUUAAAGAAUGAUCAAAGGAAGAAGGAAGAGAGAGGAAGUGAAAAAAGUGAAGAAAGAGAUGGGAAUAGAAGUGAGAAUGGCCAAAAGCAGAGCAAGAGAAGAGAGGGGGUGAGAGUAGGGAAACUGAGAAGUAGAGGUGGAGAGAGAGAGUGUGAGAACAGUCACUUUGAGUUGUAGCCCCUGACCCUGUACCGCUGUCUGCUUGCCUUCCCGUUUCAGUGCAAGAGACUCUCCAGGGUCAGGAAGGAUGCUGGCUUUCGUGGAAGGGGCACCCAGGCUCCUACCUUUGUUUGGUUUGUUGAUAGUAGAAUCAUUAUCACUUAGUGCUGUGAUUCAACAUUUUUUUUUUUCUUCUUAAACUGGAUUCUCGUUUGUGAGCGAAGACCAGGAGAAACAUGAUGACUUAUCUUUAACAUCCUUUUAGCCCUCCCAGAUUUUGGGUGAUGCCAGAUUAACCACAUUGAUCAGGGUGGAGGGACAGCCUUAGUAGAUCUGAAGGGGCCCAGAGACUUACUGCAGCGGUCUUCCCAGAUGAUACUGCUAGGAAGCCAGGUUUAGGAACCACUGCCCUGCCCUGAAUGGCAGCUUAAACAGUACAUCACAUCUUUGAUUCCUUAGUAGGCAUACUUCAAGGCGUACCUGAAGUGUUAAGAAUGGCUUCAAGAGAAGGGGGGACGGCAGGAAUACAUUAAAUGGAAAAGCCCUGUAAGAUGGUCUUCAGUGUCUUCUUUGUCAGAAGUUUAUAAAGUAAUGAACACCUCAGUGUUAAUUAGUAGUGAUUUAGCAAGACCACUGAUUUUAUUAAAUAACCUUUGGUUCCUUAGAGUAAAUAGAGAAGAAAAGUAGGGGUGCAGGGUGUCAGGUGUGGGGCCAGUUACCAGUUAAUUAGAUGUAAUUUCAGGUCUUAAAACAGUUGCCUUAUUGCAUUUUGAUAUUUAUUAAAAUUAGAUUAAAUAGUGACUAGUACUGUAACGGUUAUCCUUUUAUACAUUGCCAAAGCAACCCUUUUUUGCCUAUUGAAGUCUGGCUAAACUUGUCCUGAUGUUUGUUAUUUCUUAACUCAUUGAACAUGAAACUAGAUUUUUAAAACUAAGUUAUAUAAACUUAUGGCAGGUCUGAAAGGUGGUACAAGAAAAUUUUUUGACUAAAAAUGAAUAUGAUGUUAAUUCACAUAUCGAGCAACUACAGAACCACCUGGAAUAGCAUCUUGGACUAGUUCACAAAUCAAUGUCAAACUUACUUUUAAAUGGAAAAUAUCUAUUGUCACCUCAUCUCUACCAAUAAUUCCAGAUGUCUAAUGAGAUUAAACCCUGCUGUCAAACAAAAGAGAGCCUUUGAAAAAAAUACGGAAAAAGAAAGAAAUUUCUAAUACUGUGAAAGCUGUUUGAAGGGUCUGUGAUGAAACAUUUUAAUGUCAAACUCAAGAGCUGAUGUGGAGCCUUUGACUCUGUGUGGUUUUCAUAAACAGUCUGAAUUUGUGAGCAUAUUCAAACUACACAGCAUCAUAGCACCUCGUUACAAAAAGUGAAGAGAAGCAACAGUGUACCUUCCAUUUAAAAAGUACGUUGACGUCGACUAUGAUGGAAAAUAGCUGUUUUCCACCUGUAUGUCAGGGAAUAUUGGAAUGUUACACAGAAGUAAUUCAGGGCUUGUGUGGCUGCGGAAUGUGUCCUCUGUUCCAGAUGUGGCAGAGCGCAUGUCCAGCCCGCGCCCUGGCAUCAGUGCUUGCGAGCUGGGCCAGUGGCUUCUGAUGGAUGUUGUAAUGGAUGAUAUAUGAGGGAGAUGGUUGGUUGUACCUGUUCCUGAAAUCAAAAACUGGAAGGCAUUUCGAUUUUUCACAAGUAUUUUGCAUAAAUGUGUUAAUAUUUUGAGUAGUAAUGGUUCUCAAGCUACAAGGAAGGAUUUUGGUGUACUGUGAUAUGUAGAGCUUACUACUUUUAAGCUGUUUAUUACCUUAAAAUACUAUGAUUUUAGGAUAACUUGGAUAUCUUCCUCCAAGUAUUUUGUGUAUCUUGACAUUUAUUAAAGGGAGGGUGAAUUGAAGACUAUAGAUUUGGAUGUAACCUGAGAAUGAUGGAAAGUUGCUUUGUUCUGUUUUGGGGGGAGUUCAAAUCAUUUUUUUCUUGAGAAACUUUUGUUGUUACUGAAUAAACAUCUACUCAAUAAAUGUCUAAUUUCUUCAAA